UAUGGCCCUUGAAUGAUGUUAUAAAUUUCCAAAUGGCCCUUGGGCAGAAAAAAGGUUUCCCACCCCUGAUCUAAGAGAAAUGUUUACAAGAGGAUCUUUCCCAUUCAGAAUUUACAUGAAAACUGCCAUGAAUAUUUUAAAAUCAUUUCAUGGAGGCUCCAAGUACAGUUACUUUCCUAUAUUAUGAUCUUCAACUCUGCUAUUAAAGUGGUCUAGGACUUUGCAAAGUACUGAGAAUUUCUUCAAAGAAAGGCAAAUAAUUAAAAGCAUUAAUUAGAAACAAAUACAGUAUUCAACUUUUGUUUGGUGUUAGGAGCUUUUGCUUGGGUGGUUUGGAUUAAAGAGGGGGAGCAUGUAAGCAUUGAGGGGCAGAAUUUCAGUGGCGAACCAUGAAAAUGUGCAUUGGUCUCCACAAGGUUUAAGAAUUCUAAAUUUUUUCUAUUUUAAUUGGUGGUCUUUAACUGAUUAAUUAGUUGGGGUGGCUGGGAAUAAUCCUUCCCACUUUUAUGCUACCCCCUUUAAUUCUGUUGUAUCCUUACAAUAUUUUUUUUUAAUUUCAGGAAAUUUUAUUCCAAGCUUAGGAUUUAUUUGUAGGCUUAACCUAAAAAUGGGUUUUAAUUUGAGAAAUAGUAAAAUAUAAGUAGUUGUCAUUUCUCUGAUCAAAUUGCAUUGUCUGCAGUUGGUUUCUGAAUUUUGUUGAUUUUGUUUCCUAGCCUUUUAGUGUCCCUCAAAUUAUUCAACAGAGUCUGAAUUUUUAUUUUUGAUAAACUAGUGGUCAUUUUGGCUAACUGGCUCAUUCAUUCGUUAAAAAUUUAUGCUGUGCCUGCCAGGUGCCAGACACUCUGCGAGCCCUGCGGAGGUGACGGAAUUACCCAGCCUGCCUUUGCUACCAAUGGACAGAAAACGGAUUUAAACGAAGUGCCAACGAGGGACCGCCCUUGCUGCUUGCCCUUUGUAGCAUUCCUCUAAUUUUCGUCACAUCUCCUCGGACAUUAAAAGCCGCAUUUAGGCUCGAAACAUGAAGCAGCUGAAAAGGAAAAGGAAAAGCAAUUUCAGUGUCCAGGAAACGCAGACCCUGCUGAAGGAGAUCACGAAGAGGAAGGAGGUGAUCUUCUCCAAGCAGCUUAACACCACCAUCAACGUGAUGAAGCGCAUGGCCUGGGAGGAGAUCGCGCAGUGCGUCAACGCCGUGGGCGAGGGCGAGCAGCGCACGGGCGCCGAGGUCAAGCGGCGCUACCUCGACUGGCGCGCGCUCAUGAAGCGCAAGCGCGUGAAGGCCGCGGGCAAGCUGGUGGCCGGCUUCCCGCUGCCCGCCUCCGACCUGGACGACUCGCUGACCGAGGACGUGGAGGACAAGGUCGCCUUCCGCGGCGACGCCGGCUUCGACUGGCAGAACGUGGCGGACUUCAGGGACGCGGGCGGGUCCCUGACCGAGGUCAAAGUGGAGGAGGAGGAGCGAGACCCGCGGAGCCCCGAGUUUGAGAUCGAGGAGGAAGAAGAAAUCCUGUCGUCGGUCAUCCCAGAUUCCCGGAGGGAGAGUGAGCUUCCCGAUUUCCCCCACAUCGAUGAGUUUUUUACCCUGAACUCAACGCCUUCGAGGCCCGCCUACGACGAGCCCCACUUGCUUGUAAACAUAGAGAAGCAGAAGCUGGAGCUGGAGAAGCGGCGGCUGGACAUCGAGGCCGAGCGGCUGCAGGUGGAGAAGGAGCGGCUGCAGGUGGAGAAGGAGCGGCUGCGGCACCUGGACUUGGAGCACGAGCGCCUCCAGCUGGAGAAGGAGCGGCUGCAGGUGGAGAGGGAGCAGCUGCGGCUGCGCAUCGUCAGCGCCGAGAAGCCUCCCUUGGAAAACGAACUGGGUCCAGGAGAGAAGUCCGUACUCCAGCCGCAGGACAUAGAAACGGAGAAGUUGAAACUUGAGAGAGAGCGCUUGCAGCUGGAAAAAGACAGGCUGCAGUUUUUGAAAUUUGAAUCCGAGAAGCUGCAGAUUGAGAAGGAACGCUUACAAGUAGAGAAAGAGAGACUCCGGAUUCAGAAGGACGGGCACUUGCAGUGAUUUCUCUCGGUCUCCGUUAGCAAAUGUUUGUUAACCAUAGGUUUGUCUCUGUGUCAGGUAGUAUGGAAAUGGUCGCAGGAUUAGCUGGUUUUCCCCGCUGUUUGAUGUCAGUGUUUUCAAUAGGAAAAAGAAAGUUGUAUGUGGGUAACUGUAUGCUUAAGUAGUAUAUUAUAUAAAAAUUAUGUGCCCUAGCAUAAACAGAAUAGCAGGAGCUAUUGUGCUGUACUCCUUAAAUUAGUAAAAUUACAUAGCCUAAUCUGUGCACUCAGAGUUUACAAUCAUGUCUGUAAAAUUCUAGCUCAGUGGUUCUCAACGGGAGUAAUUUUUGCCCCCAGAAGGCACUGGGCAAUGUUUGGAGACAUUUUUGGUUGUCAAAACUGGGAUAUGGGGCAGGUUGCUGCUGCAUGUAGGGGUAGAGGUCAAGGAUGCCUACCUUGGGCAGUGGACAGGACAGACCCCCCACAUUGAACUGUCCGGUCCCAAAUCUCAAUGUUACUGAGGGUGAGAAACCCUGUCCCAGCCUGUCUGUGCACCUCUAGAGCUUAGUUUUGUAGUUUCACAAUAUUAAAACCUCAGAUAUUUAUGUGGGUAGUUACUUAAAUGGCCAAAAAACUUAAACUAUGAAACAUUACUCUGUAGUAUAUAGAACUUAGGAAGUGAUAAAAAUUAUAGGUAUUCUAUUUCCAUGUUUCCACCUAUAAAUAACCCGAUUCAGAAAACAAUAGGGAACAUCAGAGACAGUCCAAAAUGAGUCACUUUGAAAAGAAGUUCAUUCAUCUAACUGUUGAUGAUCUAGAAGCAACACACACUUUGAAAGCUUUAGUUCCCUUUCUUCUUUAAAUCCAUUUUCAUCAUUUAGAUAUAAAAAUUGUCAUUUCAACCAUGUACUGAAGUCUUAAUGUAAGUGAAUGGUUGAAACUAGUAAAAAUGAUACCAAUAUAAAAAUGGUACCAAUAGCCCAUGAGCUUGAGCUCAAUAAGUGGUUAUUUGAUUUUUAAAAUAAAUAAUAGCAGCUCUUUGAGAGUGGGGGGUGGGGGGAGAUGUCCUCUGAAUCAUGAUGAUGAUGAAAUGAUAGUAGCUGUGUGUUAUGAAUUAGGGAAGUUCUUAUCACACACUAUCUGACCUAAUCUGUAGAACAAUUCUUGAGGGUAGUAUCUAAUAUUAUUACUUAAUUUGAGGCUCAAACAGUGAAUAAAUGGCUGAUCUCAUAUA